AUGGAAGAAAAGAAGGGCAGUCUAGGGAAAAGUUGGGGCUCGGCGGGCGCCGGGCGCCUGUGGGCCGCGCUCUACGACUACGAGGCGAGCGGCGAGGACGAGCUGAGCCUGCGGCGCGGCCAGCUAGUGGAGGUGCUGUCCCAGGACGCCGCAGUUUCGGGCGACGAGGGCUGGUGGGCCGGCCAGGUGCAGCGGCGCCUCGGCAUCUUCCCCGCCAACUACGUGGCGCCCUGCCGCCCUGCCGCCUGCCCGUCGCCGCCACAAGCCCUGCCGCCGCCGCGGCCCGGUUCGCCGGUGCACAUCGAGUUCGAGCAGCUGGAGCUGAAGGAGCUGAUCGGCGCCGGCGGCUUUGGGCAGGUGUUCCGGGCAACCUGGCAGGGACAGGAGGUGGCGGUGAAGGCGGCACGGCGCGAUCCAGAGCAGGACGCCGGGGCGGCAGCCGAGAGCGUGCGGAGGGAGGCGAAGUUGUUCUCUAUGCUACGGCACCCUAACAUAAUCCAGCUGCGCGGAGUCUGCCUGCAGCAGCCCAACCUCUGCCUGGUGCUCGAGUUCGCCCGUGGGGGAGCGCUAAACCGCGCCCUGGCAGCUGCCGCGGAACCCCGCGCCCCGGGUCCGCGCCGCGCGCGCCGCUUCCCCCCGCAAGUCCUGGUCAACUGGGCGGUGCAGAUUGCGCGCGGCAUGCACUACUUGCACGAGGAGGCCAUCGUGCCCAUCCUGCACCGGGACCUUAAGUCCAGCAACAUUUUGCUACUUGAGAAGAUAGAGCAUGAUGAUGACAUCUGCAAUAAAACACUGAAGAUUACAGAUUUCGGGCUUGCAAGGGAGUGGCACAGGACAACCAAAAUGAGUGCUGCAGGCACAUAUGCGUGGAUGGCACCCGAAGUCAUCAAGUCCUCUUUGUUUUCUAAAGGAAGUGAUAUCUGGAGUUACGGAGUGCUGCUGUGGGAACUGCUCACGGGAGAAGCUCCCUAUCGUGGCAUUGAUGGUCUUGCUGUGGCUUAUGGAGUAGCAGUCAAUAAACUCACUCUGCCCAUUCCAUCUAUGUGCCCUGAGCCGUUUGCUAAGCUAAUGAAAGAAUGCUGGGAACAAGAUCCUCAUAUUCGCCCAUCAUUUGCCUUAAUUCUUGAACAAUUGACUGCUAUUGAAGGGGCCGUUAUGACUGACAUGCCUCAAGAAUCUUUUCACUCCAUGCAAGAUGAUUGGAAACUGGAAAUUCAACAAAUGUUUGAUGAAUUGAGAACAAAAGAAAAGGAGCUGCGAUCACGUGAAGAGGAGCUAACUCGAGCAGCUCUUCAGCAGAAGUCUCAGGAAGAAUUGUUAAAGCGGCGUGAACAACAGUUGGCGGAGCGUGAGAUCGAUGUGCUGGAGCGGGAGCUUAACAUUAUGAUAUUUCAGUUGAAUCAGGAAAAGCCUAAUGUGAAAAAGAGGAAGGGGAAGUUUAAGAGAAGUCGUUUAAAACUCAAAGAUGGACAUCGAAUUAGUUUACCUUCAGAUUUUCAGCACAAAAUUACCGUACAGGCUUCUCCCAAUUUGGAAAAACGAAGAAGUUUGCACAGUAACAGUUCUAGUCCACCAAGCAGCCCGACAAUAAUCCCCCGACUCCGAGCCAUCCAGUUGACUUCAGAUGAAAGCAAUAAAACUUGGGGAAAGAACACAGUCUGUCGCCAAGAAGAAUUUGAAGAUGUGAAAAGGAAUUUCAAGAAAAAAGGUUGUACCUGGGGACCAAAUUCAAUUCAGAUGAAAGAAAGAACUGACUGCAAAGAAAGAAUAAGACCUCUUUCUGACGGCAACAGUCCUUGGUCAACUGUCUUCAUAAAAAAUCAGAAAACUAUGCCUUUGACCUCAUUAUUUGUGGACCAACCAGGUGCUUGUGAAGAGCCAAAGCUAUCGCUUGAUGGAUUAGAAAACAGAAAACCAAAGCAAAUAAAAAUGCCUAAUCAUGCUUACGUCGAUCUACCUCUUUGCAGAGAUGACCACAGAGAGAAUGCUGUGGCAAUCAAAAGCUUUGAGGAUGGGGGCUCAGCAAGUUCUGCCUUUAGCACUCCUCAGGUGACUCCUACCAAUAGUCUGAGUAGAGUACCCCAGAAAAUGAAAACAGAAUCUGCUCUGUAUGGGUGCACUAUGCUUCUGGCAUCUGUGGCUUUGGGCUUGGAUAUUAGAGAGCUUGGUAAGACACAGGCUUCUGAAGAACUGAUGCUGAAGGAAGAAAAGAAAAAGCGAGAGGGAAUCUUCCAGCGUGCCUCCAAGUCUCACAGAAGUGCCAGUCCUCCAACAAGACUGUACUCUAAGAGAGAGGAAACUAACAGCCAACCCUCACUCCCACUGUCAAGUGCUGUGAAUCUUUUGUCCAUGCCUUCACUUUCCACAAAGUGCUUGUUGCAGACUGACAGUGAGGACGUGUCUGUGGGUAGCACACAUGUCACCUGUCACACACAGAUUCCUGCUCCACAUCUUUGUUCUGCUAUCCAAGAAAGUUGUCAUGAGCUAGCCUCAGUGUCAAUUUCUGACAGUGAUCACAGCCUACUGAAAAAACAGUUUCCUUCCCCUAUAAAGCAAACACAUGGGAACGUGCCUUACUAUGCAUCUUCAAAAGGAAGAGCAUCACAUCACAGACGGACCAUGUCUGAUGGAAUUGCUUCUCAGACCCAAACUAGUACAACUAUUAUCUCAGCCACUGAAGCCUCUGAACUGCCGCUUAAGCAGGUUUUAGGAUCGCUGCAAACCCCUUCUGCUCCUCACAAUAACCUGGCAAGUAAGGGCUCACCUACAACACAAAGAGUGGUGCCUCGGCCUCGCCCUUUCUCCCUCAGAAGUCGAUUGGGUCAGUUGCAGGCUUCCCCAUGGGGAAGAGAGUCUCUGCCUGCACAGACAGACAGCCUAGUGGGUCACCCAGGACCAACCCCUCACUGCUUUCCUGGUGCCAAGGAGAGAACUGAAUUGCACAUGCCUUCCUUACUGGAUGCAGACAUAGAAGGUCAGCCCAGGGACUACACAGUGCCUUUGUGCAGAAUGAAGAGUAAAACCAGCCGGCCAUCUAUAUAUGAGCUGGAGAAAGAAUUUCUGUCUUAA